AUGGAUGCAGAACACAAUGGAACGAUAAAUAGGUCACCAGCACCACCACCACCACCAGCAGCAACACCACCAGCAGCAACACAACCACAAUUACCAGUGUCUACUACAAGUACCACAACGCAUACAAAUGGGAAUCUCAUAUCCCACAAUGAUAAUCAUCAAUCCACUCAUCCAGAACCGGAAAUACCACAUAUUACAGAGAAUCUCCUACCGCUAGCUAAUGUGCUCAAGUACUAUUCUCAACAAUCAUUUAAGCAACUCGCAACAGCGGUUGAAAAUUUAUCCAAAACAGCCGAGGAAGAAUCAGAUGUCAAGCGCAAGAAAUACUUGUUGGAGGUGCUCGUCUUAUUACGACGCGAUUUUGUCAAAUUAUACACACUAGUGAAAUGGAGCAGUGUCUCUCAGGAUGUUUCCAAGUUUAUUGACCUCUUGAAUUGGUUUAGACUACAGGACUUCAACUUUGAUCUGUUGAUGUAUAGCUUACAGGGACUACUGGGGUUCGGCGCAGCAAAGUUACCAAAUUUCGAUUUGGAGACGGCGUUGGAAGUGUUUUACAAAAAGAGACCACAAUUACCAAGUCACAACUAUUUGGAAAAGAAAGAAAUCAGUCCGGAGAAGAUACUUGAAGUAAUGCGAGACUUAAACUUGGCUAUAUUGACAAGGUUUGCGUUGAUGGAUUUGCCUUCCAGGUUUGAAUAUGAGGUGAGAGAUGGAAGAGCGUAUGUUCAAGUCAAAGAUGAGUUUGAAGUGAGCAUCACAAUGGCUGAUGACUCCAUAGUUGAUGUUGACAAUGGUGAUAAGAACGAGGUUGAGAACGGAAGUGAAGAUGCGGAGUAUGGAAGAGAGCGCAAUUUCAAUAACCCUCUCUAUAUGAUUGAUUUUAAGUUUCUUUUUGGGAUCAAUCCAAAUACUGGUUUUAUUGCUUAUGACAAUGGAUACAAUUACACCACAAGGUUACCGCCAAAAUCAUUUGUAAGGUUGGAAAGGGUUGCAAAUCAGACGCUCGCCAAAAAUGGAUUGCACGGGCUUUACGAGCUUUUGCACAAGUAUACAAUCUCAUUCAAAAUGUAUCUCAUCUCGAAACAACUUCGGGAGUUGAUGAGUUCAACGAAAUGGAAAGGAAACUUAAAAAUCAAUUAUCGAGCAGGAAGUUCGGUAAUUGUGAUCAAUUAUUGGACUACUCUGUACCUGUCACUGAAUUGGAAAUCGUUUAUAGAGAUUGGUGUCGAUGAAGAGUCCAAAUUGCAUUACCGCUGGUUCAAAAAUGGAAGAUACGAACAACAAUCUAUUGUCAAUGAAAUAGUGGGAUCUAAUAGACUUGAAGGUAGAAUUGAAGAUGAGGACGGAGAUGAUGAUUUGUUUGAGGUUGACUCGCCGCGAGAAAUUAAUAUCGAAGAAACGAUCACGGCGUUCAUUUUAGAACAUUCCAAAACAAUCAUGCAAAAGAUUUGCAAAACACUUGAGCUCAGUUGUCCACACGAAAUCACAGAGAUGACCCCUCAACAAUUGUCAUUUUCUAUAUCUCCUAAAAAGUCUACAAUUUUUGCAAUCAACCCAUUAACAGGUCUUUUUUACUUUCUGGACCCCUCACCGGUGCAGUUGCGAUUACUAAAAAGAAUAAAUUCAGCUCCACCACCCGCAUCACUGUUGAUGAACAAACAGUUUAUUUCCGAGUACGAUAUAACUGAAUGGGUUGCAUCGAAUAUUUUACAGUUGAAGCUCGAGACUUUUUCAAAGGAAGUAAAUUAUUAUCUCACCGCCACUGAAUGGAUCAGUAAUAGCAUCAUCAGGUUCAAUGAACCGGAAGUUCGAAAAUUAUUAGAAUCGAUACUGAUUGGCCAUGGUGGUAGGGCAAACCCUAGUAAUAAAAGUAUUAAUGGUGACGGUAAUAAUAAUGUUAAUGGUAAUAGUGAUGACACUGAUGCAAGUGCCAAGACCGCCAACAUCAACGCCACUGUGAGUUCUUAUGCAAACUUUAAAAUACAAUUUUAUAGAAAAAAGCAUUGGCCCUCUACAUGGUUUCUCAUUGUGAUGAUUAGCGGAACCACGUCAAGGACUAAUUGGUGGGUAGCAAGAAUCAAAUCAGUUGGUGCAAAUUGGAUAGUCAACCAUUUCCAGCUUUUGAGUCACAACCCAGAGUUGAGUUAUGAUUUCUUCAAACAGUUGGGCAAAUCGUCGUUCCAGAUGAUUAUUAAUCAUGUUGUAUUGGAAGAAAUGCGGGAAAGAAAUGUUAGAGUUGGUGUUGUUAAUGAUGAUGGUGGUGAUGAUAAUGGUGAUAGUGACAAUGCUAAACUUUUUAACAUUAGCAAUGAUAGCUAUAAAGAACCAACAAGCGUUAGUAGUGAGAAUGGCUCUGCAGGAAUUGGAAUUCCUGAAAUAACAGACAAAGCAUCACUGGUGGAUGGUGAUCUUAUGCACAGAUCACUCAUUAGUGUAAUCAAUGAAGGGUUGUUGCCUAUCGAAAACUCAUCACCCAGAUUAUAUCUUGAAAUCCAACUUAUAAAUCAGAUUCAAAACCACGAUAACCACGCGUUUAACCACCUGAACAAGAAAAUGCAUUUGAGGUUAUUUGGAAAAUUAAAGAACCUGGAUAUUAAAAGUUCGCCAGAGUUGGAAAAACUAAACCUUAUUAUUGACGAGAAGAAUCAAUCAUUCGAGAUUCUGACUUCGAGGGACCUUGAAGAAAUCAUUGGUGAUUCUGGGAAAACCCAUUUCUUGGAUACGAUAUUUAAUAGUUUGAGCAAGUUGAACAACUUACUCAAGAUUUUGGACCAAUUAAAGAGUAAUGAUAUUAAGGUUCUCGACAACUCAACUGAUGAAAUAACUAUCAAGGCUAAUGACAGUUUAGAUAAAUUGGUAAUCAAGAUCCCCAAUGAGGCCGCUGAGUCGAUAUCUAUUGGAACCAUUGCCAGAAAGACAUGGGAAACCGAACUUAUUAUCCAUUUCCUUAACCAGUACCUUUCGCAGAAUCACAGCGACAAUAUUGUUGGCAUUAUAAAGUAUUUAUCAGACAUCAACCCUAUUUUUCAAACUAUCAAACAAGUGCAAUCGAUGCUACACGAGCAACAAGAUUCUUUGAAGUUGAACAAUGGUUUGCACAAGAUUCAUUUUGAUUGCGUGUUCAACAACCUUAACCACAUUCAGUUUAUGUUUAAUCUCUCGUCAACAAUCAACAACUCGAAAAAGAUACAAAAGGACAAGAUUCUUAUCUCACUCCAGUUUAAGCGCAAUAAAUUCGACAAGUUAGGUAAAAAGCAAGAGCGAUUGGUUAAAAUAUCUUUCCAGAAUAAUCCACACGUUAAGCAAACCAAAUUCAAGAAACUUUUUGAUAUGAUGUACAAGAGUAUUCUUGAGAUGGAAAGAGACAAAAAUGACGAGUUGAUUAAUUUCGAUGAGAGUCAGGUAUUGGUGAAAUUGAACCAAGAUAUACUUGCAAGCACGAACUUGGUUGAACAGAUGAUGCAAAGGAUUACAAAAUGUUUUAUACAAUAUGUCUCGGAAUAA